GUUCUAGAGUCUAGAUAGACCCAUAUAAAUUUAGAAUUAUAUAGAUCCCCUAUAUAGAUCUAGACAUAGAACUAUAUAGAUCUAGAAUCUAGAUAUAAUCUAUAUGUAGGUGUGUUGUUGUUUUUUUGUUGACAAACUUUUAAAGUAACAAAAAGUUUGAAAAAGUGGUACUCCUGAAAAUGAAAUCAGCAUUGGUCAUAGGGGCUACAAGAGGCAUAGGGAAACAGAUUGCUUUAAAAUUUGCUGAAAAUGGAUACAAAGUUUGUGUUGCUGCCAAAACUACAGAACAUAGUGACAAACUACCUGGUACAAUCUUUGAUGUUGCAAAGGAAAUCAAAGACAAAGGUGGUGAUGCCAAACCCGUCAAAUGUAAUGUGCGUAAAGAAGAUGACAUUGCCAGCACAGUCCAAGAAUGCAUUGAUACAUAUGGAUCUCUUGAUGUAGCUGUUUAUAAUGCUGGAGCUGUGCUAUGGAACAGUGUCAUUGAAACUCCACUCAAGCGCUGGGAUUUGAUGAAUGAAGUGAAUGCUCGUGGAGCUUUUUGUAUGGUACAGAACAUUUUGCCACACAUGUUGGAGAGAAAGAAGGGACGCUUGAUUCUUGUAGCACCUCCAAUUUAUAAUAGAUUUUUUAAAGGUAAAACCCCAUAUUCCAUGACAAAAGUAGCAAUGACUGUCUUAGUUCAUGGGUUAGCUAAUGAACUAACUGGCACAGGAGUUUCAAUCAGUGCAUUGUGGCCAGCAACAGUUAUUGAAAGUCAUGUCACACAAGUUCGUAACUUGGCCCCUGCUUAUAUGAGAAAGCCUACAAUAUUUGCUGAUGCCUGUUUUCAGAUAGCAGAAGAGACAACAGAAAAACUCAACGGACUGGCUCUUAUUGAUGAAGAUUACUUAAGAUCAGAAGGAGUGACAGACUUCACAAAGUAUCGUUGUGACCCACAGCAGGAGCCUGAUCGUAUGAUGCCCAUAAAAUUCCCCACUUUGUUGGUCCAAGAGGAGAUGAAUGACCCGCCAGUCACGUCCAAGUUGUGAAAUAAGAUUUUAGAGACUUGUUGUUUUGUAAUAAAUUUUAGUUUUACUCUG